AUGUUUCCAAGAUUCCAUGUGGCUGGAACAAACCUGCCCCAGGCUCCCCAACAACACGGAGGUUACCACACUGGCGCUGCCCUUGUUCACAGUGGCGGUCAUGGUUUAUACCAUGGUCCACAUGCAGCCAUAGGACAUGAUGGUCAUCCAAUCGAAACCCCAGAAGUCCAGGCAGCCAAACACGCCCAUUUCAAAGCCCAUGCUGAAGCAGCAGCCGCAGCACACUAUGGUCCUCACCAGUACCAAGCCUAUGCACCACAUUACGCAGGAGCAGGAUUCGGAGGCCACUACCAGCACGCAGUUGCUUUAAGUGCACAUGGAACGCCUGUUGAAACACCAGAGGUUCAAGCCGCCAAACACGCCCAUCUGCAGGUUGGCAUUUCGAUAAAGCUCAUGCUGAAGCAGCGGCACAACACUCCUAUGGAGGACAUGGAGCAUGGAGGAGGAAAGAGAUCUUUAUGGAGCUGGUCAUGGAGGAUAUGGAGGAGCUUUAGCCACGUUGUACACACCGGCGGAUAUGGUGGUGGUCAUGGAGGAUACUAUCACGGACCCCAAGCUGUCAUUGGACCUCAUGGACAACCUCUUGAAACUCCAGAAGUAGUUGCUGCUAAACAUGCUCACUUUGCUGCCCACGCUGAAGUUAAAGCCAACUUGCACGCAGCAUCAGCUGGACACGCAUACGGUGGCGGCGGUUUUGGAGGAGCUUACCAUGGUGGAUACCUCGCAGCAGGUGCAGGAGGUCAUUACGGAGGCUACCACGGUGGCGCAGUUAUCGGCCCCCAUGGAACUCCAUUGGAAACACCAGAAGUAGUUGCUGCCAAACACGCUCAUUUUGCAGCUCAUGCUGAAGCCAAAGCACGCAAUUACCAAGCAGCAAUUGCUGAUGCCCAUAGUGGUGGACACGAUGGCGGUUAUUACGCUUAUGGUGGACAUGGACACGGAGGAUGGUAG